UUCGCUUCGUAGAGUUAAAAUCAUUUCUCUACCUGCCAUCAACUUCGAAGAAACAGUUUGUUCGUAACCAUACAAGAAAAAGGAUCCACAAAAAAAUUCCCCCCUCCCCCCCAAACCAAAAAAAAAUUUACCCCAUGUAAUAAUUUUCAAACAAAUAAUUUUCAAAAAACAUUUUGAAAAAAUGUUAUUCUCACUUUUGAAAUUUUACCAAAAUUUAAAAAAUUGAAUACCUAGUGAAAAAUUAAAAAAAAAUUCUGUUUUUCUUCCCAAUUGAAGAAAAAUGAGAAAAGUGAAUGAAAAGUUAUGACAUCGAUAAAGGAAUUAUCACAUAUUUUUAAAAUUCAUCGUCUCUUAGUGAAAUUAAGAAAAAAAUUGUUCUGAAAAAGUUUUGGCGUAAUUUGAAGGCGCAAAAGUGAUGAGAACUGGUUGAAAAAGAAAGUGAAAGUUAGAAAUUGAAAGCAGGAAAAAAUAAUUCACAAAAAGCGGUGUUUAUUUUUCGUGUGAAAAAAAAUUGAAAUAUUUCUUUUUUCAACAAUUAAAUUAAUACUAAAAGUGUACAAAUUACUUUUCAAAAAUUAAUUACCAAAAAAAAAAUGAUUAACAAUCUAUGAAAUUUCCCAUUUCUACGUGUUCUUAAUUUUGUUUUUUUUUGUCGCAAAAAAAGGAGAAAAAAUUUUUAAUCAAAAAUGGCUUUUAAUAUUAAAACAAUAAUUUCGGUCCUAAUUAUCGUUGAAACGAUAAUGGGUCACGAAUUAAAUCACACUGAAUCGAUGGUGAAAACAAUAAUUAGUGAAAGUGAUGAUGUAAAAUUAGAUGAAAUCUCAUAUCAUCGAAUAAGAAGUUUACCGGAAAUGGAGGAAUCAUCGAUAACAAAUUGGACGACAGUUUCGGAAAUAUUGGAUAUAUUUAAUGUGAAGCAUCUUGCGAGAAAAUGGAUCGAGGGACAACAUUCAGUUGAUGCACAAUGCGGCAAGGACAUUACAAGAUAUAUUCAAGGUCUAAAGAAGCAGGAAUUCUGGGCGAUAAAAGUGGACGAUGCGUCUGGAAGAUACACGAACGGCUAUUUUUGGGGAAAUUCAUAUUUCACUGGUUCAGCAACCGAGUGCUAUUUUAUUGGUAAAAGAAAUGAAAAGAGAACAUUUUAUGCGUCAUCGAAUAAUGAUGGAAUACAAGAAUUUAACAAUGAACCAAAGAGAAGAAUAAAUGCUGGACAAAGUGGUGUUCCAGUUUCACUAGAUGAUGCUCCUGAUGAUCCUCCCUAUCCACUAGGUUUUUUCAUUUUGAAAAUCGACCUAAACGAAACGUAUCUAACUAUGAAAAAAGUUAUUCAUCUUGGAGUUUGCCUUCCAUUUUCGUGUAGUUCAUCGGACGUUGCAAUUAUAGCAAAAUUUGCAGCUAGUGAUGCUGCGUCGAAAUAUUCCUCAGUGGAAAGUGUUCGAGACCAACGUAAUUAUUACGAUAUGUAUACAGAUUCGGUGUUUUGGAUUUUAUUUGGUGUGAGCGCGGUGGUUCUGGUGCUAAUGAUUGUCGGUACAGGCUACGAUGUUUAUCUCACCAAUAGAUUAGAAAAACAACAGAGACAAUCGUGUGACGUUGAAAAGCACGCUAAACACGAGCAAUUAACAAAUGGCAACCACAAACCAUUAAAUGAUUUAGAUGGUAAGGUCUACAUUCCUGUUCCAGUAGCGGAAAGUGUCGUUAAUGGAUCUAGUCCAGUAAAUAACAAUAAUGAUCACGAGGGUAGUCUUCGAUCGUCAACUCCGGAUUAUCAACAAUUGAAUGUUUGCGAGGAACUGCUAAUAUCAUUCUCAGUGAGGGCGAAUAUGAGGACAAUUUGCGAUCCAAGUGUUGGUCGCGAUACAAUAAGUACAAUUCAUGGUUUGAGGGCAAUUUCAAUGGCGUGGGUCAUAUUGGGUCACACUUGUAUUGUUGUCUUUAAAUAUUCGGACAACAUGGAAUAUCGUCGAGUGGUCGAGAAGAAUAUACUCUUUCAAACAGUGACAAAUGGUGCCUUUAGUGUUGACACAUUUUUCUUCAUGGGCGGAUUGCUCGUCAGUUUUCUUUACUUCCGAACAAAUGCCGAGGGACAUUUAAAUAAAUUAACGCAAGGCACUCGAGGUUUUGUCGCGGGUUUUUUAAAAUUCAUUGGUUUCCUCGCCUAUCGUUUCUCACGAUUAACAGCGCCCUACAUGUUUGUCUUGGGAGUCGUUGAAGUGACAAUGAAAUGGUUUCAUUAUAAUGCCAUUUUCGAAACGCCAACUGCCGAUCAUGAGAAUUGUCCCAAUUAUUGGUGGAGGAAUCUCUUGUAUAUCAAUACACUGUUUCCGGUCGAUCAAAUGUGUAUGCUUUGGAGUUGGUAUGUGGCGGACGAUACACAAUUCUACGUAGUUGGAGCCGUGAUAUUAAUUUUAGCAACAAAUCAUUUCAAAAUCGCAGCAUUCUCAGUGGUCACACUAAUGGUGAGCUCGUGGAUAACGACUGGCUACAUUGCUCUUAUCAAUAAUCACAUGCCAAGUAUUGACGAUCCUCUCGCGUUAUUCGACAAGAUUUACGAUAAGCCUUGGACCAGAUUGGGUCCAUAUCUAAUAGGAAUGUCCGUGGGCUAUUUUCUCUUCAAGACUGAUUGUAAAGUCAAAAUGUCUAAGAUAACAGUUGUACUUGGAUGGACACUGUCUACAAUGUGCCUUCUAAGUCUUUUGUACGGUUUAUAUGAAGCCGAAAUUUCCCCAAUAACAGCGGCAGCUUAUUCAUCAUUGAGUCACAGUGCCUGGGCACUUGGUUUAGCAUGGAUAGUAAUCGCCUGUAGUACAGGAUAUGGAGGUUACGUGGACGUAAUUUUAUCAGCGCCUAUACUUUAUCCCUUCAGUAGGGUAACAUAUUGUGCAUAUUUAAUUCAUCCAAUUGUGAUUCGACUCACAGCAAUGCACGUGGACUCUCCAUUCCAUCUUGGAAAAAAUUCAAUGAUGGUUAUGUUUUUCGGACAACUCGUUACGUCAUACAUUAUAUCAUUUAUUGUAUCGCUUUCAUUCGAAGCGCCGGUAGUCAGUAUGCUAAAAAUUUUAUCACCCAAAAAACGAAAGCGAAUUCAAUAAGCAGAAUAUUUUUGUUUCCAUAAGACAUUCAUUUCAUUUGUUGUAUAGUUCAUUCUCAUGUUUUUUUUUAAUUUUCAUCAUCUACUUUAAUGGUCAGUUUUUUUUUUUUUAUCAACUACGUAUUUUGUACAAGGUGGUCUCAAUUGUACCAGCACAGAGCUGGCGAUUAACAAUUAAUAAUAAUUUUAAAGAAAAAAUUAAUUAAAUUCAAGUUUUUAAAUUACAAAAUUAAUUAAUUAGAUUAAAUAUUAAUUAAUUAAAUUAAAAAUUACAGACAUCACAG